AUGCCGACGCCUAUGACACUAGAAGGCGCAGAAAAUCUGCGCGAAGAACUCCAGCAUCGUAAAAGUGUGCUUCGUCCCGAGAUCACUCAGGCGAUCGCCGAAGCGCGCGAACAUGGUGAUUUGAAGGAAAAUGCUGAGUACCACGCUGCACGUGAGCAGCAGGGCUUCAACGAGGGCCGUAUCCAGGACAUUGAAGGUAAGCUCGCGGAUGCCCAGAUUAUUGAUGUGGCGAAACUGCCCCAGGGCGAAAAAGUAAUCUUUGGUGUCACGGUCACGUUGCUGGACGUCGACAACGAUGAAGAAAUCACCUACAAGAUUGUGGGUGAAGACGAAGCCGACCUGAAAGUGGGCAAAAUUUCUGUCAUGUCACCAAUAGCUCGCGCCAUGAUCGGUAAAAGCGUCGGUGAUGCAGUCUCAGUAGCCACGCCUGGCGGAGAUCGAGAAUACGAGAUUGAUCGGGUCGAGUCGCAGCAAGAGCAUGAGCUGCUAGGUCUCUGGCUUCCCGGUUACGCCCUGAUCUCCAACCAGAAUGACGCUGUCCAGAUGAUGGGCAAUCUGGAUCAAGGUCAGGUCUCCCGCGCACAUUUUAAGCUGCUGCAGCUCGAUCAGCGUUAUAAACUGAUCAAACCUCAAGCCAGGGUCCUCGAACUGGGCGCAGCGCCUGGCGGCUGGACACAAUAUCUGCAGGAUCGGCUAAGCAAAGGUCUGCUCAUUGCUGUAGACCCUCUGCCGAUUACCGCCGGUAUGGAUACUGUGGUCAUUGAAGGCCGAGCGGGAGAAACUGAGGUGGAUGAGGCGAUAGAGCAGGCUUUGCAGGGCGACACGUUAGACCUUGUUUUAUCGGAUAUGGCCCCCAAUAUAUCUGGAGUAAGAGCUGUGGAUCAGGCGCGGGCAAUGGACCUUGCAGAUACAGCCUUGCUGGCCUGUCAUCGGUGGCUCAAACCCCGCGGCGCUAUGGCCAUCAAAGCCUUUCAGGGCGAAGGGUUGGACCAAUGGGUGAAAGACCUCAGGCGGCAGUUUGCCAAGGAACCGGUGGCGUAUUCAGAGUUUGUGAAAGCGGUGAAUGCCGGUCAGAUUCGCGAAGCGCAGAUUCAAGGUGACAAGAUCACCGCACUCGAUGGCAGCGGCAACCGUAUGGUUGUGGUCUGGCCACAGAACGACGAUAAGUUGAUCAGUGAACUGAUUGAUAACAAUGUCGUCACCACGGUUUUAGAACCUGAAAAACAGAGUUUCUGGAGUCAGCUCCUGAUCGCCAGUUUCCCGAUAUUGAUCAUCAUUGCGGUAUUCAUGCUGUUUAUGCGACAGAUGCAGGGUGGCGGCAGUGGCCGCGGUGGUCCUAUGGCAUUUGGGCGCAGUAAAGCCAAGUUACUUUCCGAAGACCAGAUUAAAACCACAUUUGCAGAUGUGGCCGGCGUUGAUGAAGCCAAAGAAGAAGUUCAGGAACUGGUUGAAUUCCUGCGUGAUCCCGGCAAGUUUCAGCGCCUGGGUGGCCACAUUCCUCGCGGCGUGCUGAUGGUGGGACAACCGGGUACCGGUAAAACCCUGCUGGCAAAAGCCAUUGCAGGUGAAGCCAAAGUACCGUUCUUCUCAAUUUCCGGUUCAGACUUUGUCGAAAUGUUUGUCGGCGUGGGUGCAUCCCGCGUACGAGACAUGUUUGAACAGGCCAAGAAACAGUCGCCCUGUAUUAUUUUCAUCGAUGAGAUUGAUGCUGUCGGUCGCCAUCGUGGUGCUGGCCUUGGUGGCGGGCAUGAUGAGCGCGAACAGACUUUGAACCAGUUGCUGGUGGAAAUGGAUGGCUUCGAAGCCAAUGACGGCAUUAUUGUGAUUGCUGCGACCAACCGUCCUGAUGUGCUCGAUCCAGCGUUGUUACGUCCCGGCCGCUUUGACCGCCAGGUAGUGGUUGGUUUGCCAGACAUCCGCGGUCGCGAACAGAUUGUGAAAGUACACAUGCGCAAAGUGCCGCUGGCUGAUGAUGUUGAACCCGGCAUUAUCGCUCGCGGUACCCCCGGUUUUUCCGGUGCUGACCUGGCCAACCUCGUGAACGAGGCGGCGUUGUUUGCCGCGCGUGGCGGUAAGCGCCUGGUUUCGAUGGAAGAGUUCGACAAAGCCAAAGAUAAAAUCAUGAUGGGCGCCGAGCGUAAAUCCAUGGUGAUGUCGGAAAAAGAGAAGCGUAAUACGGCCUAUCAUGAAGCUGGGCACGCGAUCAUUGGCCGCCUGAUGCCCGAUCAUGACCCGGUGUAUAAAGUCUCUAUUAUUCCGCGUGGCCGAGCCUUGGGUGUGACCAUGUUCCUGCCGGAAGAAGACCGUUACAGCCUUACCCGUCAGGGUAUUCGCUCGCAGAUCUGCAGCUUGUUUGGCGGCCGCAUAGCGGAAGAAAUGAUUCUGGGUCCGGAGUACGUCACAACAGGUGCGUCGAAUGAUAUUGAGCGAGCGACAUCGCUGGCGCGCAGUAUGGUCACCAAAUGGGGUCUGUCUGAGCGACUCGGACCGCUGAAGUACGACGAAGACGACAAUGAAGUUUUCCUCGGUAUGUCAGCGGGCGUCAAGCCGAAAGCGCUGUCUGACGACACCGCCAAAGCCAUUGAUGAAGAAGUGCGCUCGAUAAUCGACACGUGUUAUGCCACCGCGCACGAUAUGCUGGAGGAAAACAUCGACAAGCUGCACAGUAUGGCAGAUGCCCUGAUGGAGUUUGAAACCAUCGGCGUUGAGCAGAUCGAUGACAUUAUGGCCGGUGCCAAACCUCGUGCGCCGACCGACUAUGAGCCAAAGCCACCUUCUUCGGGUUCUGACUCUUCGCCCGAGUCACCUAUCGGUGGCCCUGCGGAAGAAAGUUAA